UCUUUUUAGAAGCAACCAAGUCAUAAGUCACUGAGUGGAAAAUGUGAUGAAUUAUAUCAGACACAUGAUUUACGAUUUUCAAAACCAAGAUCUGAUUACAAAGCCACGUGAUACUUUCGUAAGGCUCUUCCAACCCAGCACUAAUCAAACUUGGAGUCAGAGGUCUUACUUACAAACUGACUGGCCUCAAAGUCCCUGAACUUCAGUUGCCUUUCCCUGGAAGGCAAGCUUCAUCUCAGUGCUGACUUUCCGUAACACUUAAGGUUUCCCAAGCUAACAGCUUCCUCACAACGAAUGACUUUCACAACUUUAAUGAAGAAAGCCAAAUAGUGUGAUUUAUUACUACCUUUUUUUUUUUAGCAAUUGAGAAGUCAACUGGUUACCUGAUUCCCAAAGGUCAUUAACAAUAAGACCAGGAGAGGCCCUUCCUCUUCACCCACUGCUGCGAUUUAUCCAUUUAUCUCUUCGUUAUUCCAAGCACUCACCUGCUGUUUUACAGUUUCCAGGUGCAUCAAGGAGGCAUAUUUUUAAGAGCAUUUGACUGGUUGUGUGAAUUUGUUCAAUCUUUCCAUUUUUCUGGCCUCAGUCUUCUCAUCUGUAAAUUGGGAGGAAAGAACUAAAUACUCUCUAAGGUCCACUGUGAGUCUAGAAUCCUGUGGGUCUCUGAAAGUUGGCUAAAAAAGCUUGCACCAAACUUGCACAAAAGUUGCACCAAAGACAGAAGCCUUCUGUUGCCUUUCCUCGUCAUCUCUCCUGCAGGAUUUUGCACACAGGGAGCGCUUAAACGAGAUUGACUGGCUUGGCAUUGAAGAGGGAGGGAGCUGGAAUGUUCCUCCACUUCAUGGAACCCAGUCCUACACACACACAACACACACACACACACACACACACACCCUGGUCAGGUUACACCUGAGCCCAACUUGACUCAAGAACAAAACCACCACCCCUGCUGCCGCCACCGCCACCGCCGCCACCAGCUGCUCUAGGAAGGAAAGGUGUAUGGAGAAAGGAAAGCGAAGGCGGCAAUAUGAAGCUGUCUGGGCCAAAGCCUCCCAGAGGAUCCUACCUCGGGUUUCAUUUCAUGAAAUAUUCAAGCGCCACGUGCCUGAGCAAGGAGAAUCCUCGGGACUGCGGGGACCAGAUGCCUUGUGCAGAAGCGCCAGACCGACCAGGGUGCCCAGAGGGUGGGCUCUGUCCUGACUCACCACCUGCCCCCUGUCCCCCUGGAACUUUCUUCUCUGGAGCAAGUCCCCUUAACGCCUCUCUCUGUCACCUCUGUCCUCGGGGAUUCUUCAACCCCUGGCCUGGCCAGAUUGCCUGUUUCCCCUGUGGCUCAGAGGCCACCCAGCCAGAGGAAGGCAAAGACACAUGUAUAUGCUCGGGGAUGGGCCGAGUGUUCCAGGUAUGUCCUCGGGCAGGGGACCAGGGACAGGCUGCAUUUCCAGAACUCUUGUUCUUGAGUCAAGUUCAGCUCAGGUGUAAGCUGACCGGGUUGGUUCAGAUUUCCAAGUGACUUGGGGAUAGAGCUGCCACGUAAAAUACAGGGUGCUCAGUUAAGCUUGAAAUUCACAUAAAUUAUGGAUACGUUUUUAGGAUAAGGAUAUCUCAAAUCUUGAAUGGGACCUACUUAUACUGAAAAGCAUUCAUUGUAUACCUGAAAUUCGAAUUGAUCUGAGUGCUGUGCAUUUUUUGCUAAAUCUGACAACUCUACUCAGAGGAAAGGACAGACUUUUUGUUGUGCUCCACAAUGAUCACUCCCAAAAUACACCCCAGGCCCAAGCCCUUCCAAUUCAGACUUGCCCUAGAAACCAACAAAUAUGCAUGUGAAUUCUUCCUUUCCUGAACGUUACAUUUUUCUCACUGAAACAAUAGCACAGCGGGAGCCCAGCCACCAUGUGCCAGUAAUUUCCCCUUUGAUAGGAUUUUUCUCCACCCUGACUGGCCCUCCCCACUCUUAUCCUCUGGCCCCUCUUAGGCAGAGUCACAGCCAAAGAGUCAUGAGUGGUUCACGGCAGCCAAGUACUACCAGCCAACCUGAAAUUGCAUUUCCUCCCUACAUCACUCCCCAGCCCAGUGAUGGGCGGUGCCCCUGCCUCCCGGGCCACCAAGAUGUUGGAGAGCCAAGGGGCUGCGUCCAGCGGGAAUACAGGAGCUGCAAGGCAGGGGCCACCCGGAACCAGGAGGGGCUCUGUUUGACCAAGGAUCAGUGGACUGACCACUGUGCCCAGGAGGUAUGUGCCACACCAGAAGAUGCCCGUGGCUAUGACCGAGGCCUGGGGCUCUGCCUGUGCUGGGGACAGCACUCCAGUGAAAUGUGUGGUCCCCUGUGCCCAAAGAGACAGAGCCACAUCCUGCAGCUCAGCUGUCUCGAGGGCAUCCCACAGAUUUCCAUCACCGAAGACACGGGAAGCCAGGUACGGUGCCCCAAGGUCCAAGCCAUGCCCAGCCGGGCCCGCUGUGGAGAGCCACAGGCCGGGCACCUGCAGCCUCUGCCUCCUUCCUAAGCGGGGGCGGGUGGGGGUGAGGGGGCGACAUGCUUGUGCAUGGGAUCUGCUGCUCUGCGCACCGACCCACCUCGCCAGCCCAGCCUCUGGUGUCAGAGAAAAGGCCCCAUUGCUGAUUUAAUCUCAUCUUAUAAAAGUUCUUCAAAGAGUCAUUGAGUCCAUUAAAGGAGGCAAGUGUCACAGAAAUCUUCCCACGUGAGUAAGGGACAGUGUUCAGAGUCACGACUCCGGGUUGCCCCUGCCCCCACCCCCACGGAGAGCUACUGGACCUAUUCCCCCCACAACCCCCACA